CACAAGCACAAGCUGCUUCUGUUUGUUGGACAAGUCAAAGCUCGAAAAUAUGGCGGCUCCUAGUUUUCGACAAGAGAUUACCUGUCUAGGAAUCUUUGGCGCAAUAACUCGCAAAUACAUCAUUUCUCUUUAGUAAUUACGAGCCAGGUGAACGGCUGAACGCGUGACUCAGCUCGUCGUCACACGUAGACCCUUUUUUACGAUGAGGUUUUUCGGGGGAAAUAACUUUAACCAAAACCGUCAAGCAAUUUGUGGCAUAGAGUCGACCAUUUUGGGCGUCUUCCCAAAAGAAAAAAAGGAAAAUGUUGACUGUGGAUGAUGUGGCAACGCGGUGCAGAGCGGGAAAACGACUGCUGACAUCUCGUUGUGACAAUCAAACAACAUUGAAUUCUAAUCUUGUCUUUACACUUUUCUUUUCAUUCUAAUUUCAACUCUUGACGACUUUUAUAAUGCCUCACUUGCAUUUUAGUUAUAGUCCAAACUAUUUUUCCAUAGAAGACAUUGUGCUUCAAGAUGUCAGGGUGUCUUGCAAAUUCGAAGUAGCUGUUCCCAAGUUAGGUAUGCUUGAUCAGUCGGCUGACAAUGAAAACCUCAAACAAGGAAGCAAAGUAGAAUUGCCGUUCUGGAUGGUACCCACCCUUCAUGCCAAAAAAAUUGUAACACUUGAAAUUCCAAGACACUACAAAGUCAAUUACAGACAGAUCCUCCAGGCAGACAGUAUAGUUGUCGACCUCCAUAAAUGGGGCCCCUAUUUCUAUGAUCUGGGACUACAUGUGGCAAAUCUUGAAUUGAAGGACUCUCUUGAUAUCAAGAGGAGCCUGGUUGAGACCCUUCGUAACCGUUUGAGACAAAUUAUGGACAUGUCUCAACAUUCCACACACCACGAAACAGUACACAUAAUUGCAAACUUGGAUGAAUUAGAAAGAAAGUUGUUUGGAGUUGGUCAGUUGAGUUACAGAAGCUACAAGGAAUGGGUCCGAAGAGAAUCCAGCAAGAUCAACACAGCUACUCUAGUAGCCAGUCACAGAAAGAGAAAAUUUGCAGAAGUGACUGUUUAAGAUUCAAUUACCAGUUUGUCAGAUGUAUUUGGCCCCUAUCUAAUUAACAAUUAUAUUGAGCAACUAUGAAGUUCGACACAGUCAAUCAGAAGCAAUUAACUCGUUUGUUUUUAAUAGAAAUGACGCACAUUUGAAUGGAAAAAAAAACCCUGAUGGUAGCAACACGAUGGAUAUGUUGAGUCCCUGUUAUAGUAAUUGUGCUACUCAUCUUUGGAAAAUAUUUGCCGCGCAAUUCUCAAAUCGAAUAGAUUAUCUCUUAAAACUUUAA